CCCAGCACUACUUCACAACUUGAGCAGUGAACAUUUAUCAAAGACACGAGAAUCGGAACAUUACCUCGUUCACCUUCUACAACUUCUACAACACCACCAACAACAAUGUCUGGACUCUGGAACAAGGACCGCCCAAGCGACAACGAGGUCAAAGCCGCACAGCAAGCCGCUACCCUCGAUAGAAUGCGAAGAGGUCUCAUCCCAGGCACCUGGCUCCAAUUGUCCGCUGCCGUCCCUCAAGAGAAGACAUCCCCUCUUGCUCUUUCACCAAAAGACACCCUACCAUCUCCAGCCAUGAGUGCCGGCAAGAAUGAGCAAGCCGUCGCAGAUCUCGUCCUCGACGAUGGAGGAUUUCUAAGCAACCACGCCCCGGCUUCCCGCUCAUCUUCGAUCAGCAGCGCCGCCUCAGUCAGCACCAGGUCUCCGGUUUUCAAGCCAGUCCCCACAGUCUGUGAGCGUGAGACUAUCGGUCUUGCUCGCUUCCGCGGCGAUUGAGCAUUACCUUACAGCUUCUAAGCAACAUCAGCCACGACAUCUCGAUGCUUCCGUCGACAUGUGUGCGUGAAGUGAAAGAUCACAACCGAGACACUAUCAUCGUCAUCAGGUUAGGCCUUUCGACGCCGUCUUGGCUCCGGCAUCCGGCUUAUGCUUAUCCCACCACCACAAGAAACACCAAGAACAAUGACAACACAUCAUCCGCUGCUUCCGCCAUCACUUCGCCCACUUCAUGAUACGAAUUAUUACCAAGAGCACGGGCAACUCUUGUGAUGACGAAAGCUGUUUUUCCUUGUCGGACACUCACAGAUCGAAGUUGGCCGAUGGUCUUUGUGUCGAAAGAUGGACCGGAUAUCUGGGAACAGAGAUAUAGUCGUGCGAAUGUCCUGAGGUAGCAUAGUGCGGAAUCGAACGACAUAUCUGACCCA